GCGACGCACCGCCGCCCCCCGUCCCGCCUCUACUGAGGGACGCGGCAAAAUGGCGCUGUUGCCCCCUAUCCCGUGUCUCCUGUAUCCCCUCCUUGGCAUGGCGGCACUCGCUGGCGGCCAAUUCUACGGGGACGGGGGAGCUUUCAGUCCCGGGCAGACCGGCGGCAACGGGGCGUCAGUGGCUCAACAACGCAGAUAUUUAUUAUAUGAUGUGAAUCCACCAGAGGGAUUUAAUCUUCGUCGAGAUGUCUAUCUCCGUAUGGCAGGCUUAAUGGACACCCUGCUGAAGAGUGAAGAUUGGGUGCUGGUCCUUCCUCCCUGGGGGCAUCUCUAUCAUUGGCAGAGCAAAGGUCUUAAACAAGUUCGCAUUCCUUGGUCUGCAUUUUUUGACGUGCCAAGCUUAAACAAGAACAUUCCUGUCAUUGAACAUGAGCAAUUUAUUGCAGAGUCUGGUGGCCCCUUCAUCCAGCAAAUCUAUGUUCUGCAGGGAUAUGCAGAAGGCUGGACAGAAGGGCACUGGGAGGAAAAGGUAGACGAGCGACUUUGUAUUGAGGAUCUUCCCUACCGGAAUGAUGAGCAGGGAUUUUACAGGGGCUGGUUUUGGGGUCAUGAGGAGACAAGAGGCCUCAGUGUUGCCUGCGUGUCUGUGCAAGGUUCAGCUUCCAUCAUGGUGCCAGUUCUUCUGAAAAACACCACUGCACAGUCUGUAAUGUUAGACAGAGCAGAAAACCUACUUCAUGACCAUUAUGCAGGCAAAAGUUACUGGGAUGCUCGGAGAAGCAUGGUGUUUGCCAAACAUCUACGUAUGGCCGGCGAUGAAUUUAGGGCAACAUACCUAAACUCUACAGAUGAAUUGGACAAGACUAUUUACAAUGAGGACUGGACAAGGAUGAAGGUGAAGUUGGGCAUUGCUAGGGGUGGCCCAUACUUGAGUGUGCACCUACGGAGGAAGGACUUUAUCUGGGGCCACAGAAAGGAUGUCCCCAGCAUUAAAGGAACAGCUGAAAAGAUUCGCAGCCUGUUGAAAGAGCUGAAGUUAGACAAGGUGUUUGUGGCUACUGACGCUGAUGAGGAUGAGCUGAAGGAGCUGAAACGCCGCCUUCCGAACAUGCUACGAUUUGAACCAACCCAGGAGGAACUACAGUUGUACAAAGACGGGGGCGUUGCAAUCAUUGACCAGUGGAUCUGUGCCCAUGCCAGGUAUUUCAUUGGAACAUCAGUGUCAACAUUCUCAUUCCGUAUCCAUGAGGAGCGAGAGAUUCUGGGCUUUGAUCCCAAAACCACGUACAACAGAUUCUGUGGUGAUGAAGAAAAGGAAUGUGAGCAGCCAACACAUUGGAAGAUUGUAUACUGAGCAGCAUGGAUUCUCACUGUCAUAGGAAUUGAACCAUAUUGAGUGACAUCACAGAUUCAAACUCACUCUUUAUAAGGAGGCCUUAUCUACAAUUCAACCACUUCAUUGAAGUUUAUAUUUUCCAAAGCUUUUUUUUUUUGGUCCAUCAAAAUACAUCCUUCCUGGUGCCAAGGAAGCAAGAAUCCCAAAGCCAAGCUUUCCCAGCAGGAACUGCUGUUCGGUAAAGAUAAUGAAGUUGCCUUCCCUCAGUGACUCCUGCCAGGAGUGUGAAGGGAUAAACACGAAAUAAUUUCUCAAAGUAGCAUGACAUUUCUCUACUCAUGCUCCCACAGAGCUGAAAUUCAACAUAGGUAUAAGAGGCAUCUUUAUCAUCCUUCUCUUAAUCUGUGUAAGACUGCUCCCUGGACCGGUUUCAAAAACAAUAUUAUUGCCAGGGUACACUCUUCUCUGCCAGUUUCGUUUUUUCCUGUGGCAAGUCUUCAACAUUGGUAAUUACUACUUGUAGAUACAAAAGACAUGUUUUACAAAUGUAAACUUAGCCUCACAGUAUUAGAAACAAAGAGACUACCUGCUGAAUGUAAUUGGCUGGUAGUGCAAUCAAUGAAAAUGACUAAGUGUCUGCUCUGGGUUCACCAGAACCUACAACUCCUUUAGUGCCUAAUAAAUUGAAUAAUUUCAAGUUCUCCAAGCCA